UAAAUGUAAGGCUUUUAUUUCAUAUUCUUUUAUAGCAAAUCCAGAGUUUCAACUUUGCCAAGACAUUAGUUUUGAUUGGUUCAUCAUGUGAUGGAGAAAACGAGAAAAUUUUGAGCUGCUCUCAGCUUGGAGAAGGGAGAGAUCUGUCUGAAGAAGCCAUCAUCAUCAACUCAUACCUCCCAGCAGGGGUGAAUGUAUGCGGUUUAUUUCUUCCACAAUCUUCUGGAACUCCUCUUUCAAGCUAUGUUACAGAAAUGAUCACAGGAGAAAUUGCCAAGAAACUCUUCCCAUCUGGCAGAGUGGUGCUUUUGUUCACAAACGAAGAGGAAGAGAAAUUAGAGGAGAAGGCAGUUUUAUACGAGCUUGAGACUGGUCAGCGUACGUCAUGUGAUCUGAGAGUCGUAUCAGAUUGUACAAGCUGGGAGCAGAGUGUCUUGAUUUUCAGAAUUAGAUCGGAACUCAGCAUGAAAUGCUCAUACAAGAAUAAGUCCGAGUUACCCAAUGUAUUUCUGCUUCAGUAUAACUUUCUCAAGAACCAGCUUCAGUCCUCAUCGACCCUCUACCACAUCCAGCAGACAAGUAUUCUAAUCGGUGGUCUACCCGAUUCAUCCUCAUCUUCCAAUGUCAUGGGACCACUAUCUCCUAGCAACUGUAUCCAAGAUGUUCUACAGCAUCUUCAGGAUGAUGAAGAAGAUGAUGGGUUUGGAGUGGCUGGUGAAAAGAAGAAGAAGAAAAAAACUAAACUAGAUGGUCAGGUUCUUGAUGUGAAGAUUCUUUUCAAGACAGGCUCUGCACAAACAACAGAAGAAGACACACACAUCCCUGUUGUUUUCUACAAUGAUUACCCCACUGAGAUGCACCAUCUUGCUAUGAACCUGCCUCUAGAUGUGGUUGUCAUGGCACCCGCAUCAUCAUCGCUCUCACACCUAUCCUCUCUCUUCAUUGAAGGAGUCUGCAGGCAACUACGCGCUAUGGAGAUAUGCAUAGCAAGACAUUUUGAAAAACAUGAUAUAUGCAAGCCUGAAGCACACCAUUUCAAACCGAUGGGACUGCAUCAUUUAUUGACUGUUGUAUAUCCUUCUGGAGUCAGUGAUCAUGAUUUGGAAUCGACAAGGCAAUCACUUCAUCAGCAAUUCAUCCUCCCCCAGGAUAGACCACUCCUUAGAAGAUUGAAUACAUACUUGUUUCCUGAGGAGAAGAAGAAACAUGUCUAUCUCAUGAACACACAUAUUGGUCUACUGCCCUCUGGAGUACCAGGAGGGAAGCAAUCUCUCGUGCAAGGCAAUUAUACAUAUCAUCAUUAUAUGCAAGAUAGGUUUAAUGAUGAUCAAUGGGGAUGUGCAUACAGGUCAUUACAAACUCUCUGCUCAUGGUUCAAAUUACAGGGUUAUGUGGAUUGCUCCAUUCCGAGUCAUAAGGAGAUUCAGCAAGCACUAGUUGAUGUUGGUGACAAGCAAGCCAAGUUUGUUGGAUCAAGGCAAUGGAUUGGAUCAAUAGAAGUCAGCACAGUCUUAAAUCAACUCCUAGGGAUCACAUCUAAGAUAAUGUUUAUUCCAAACGGUGAGGAGAUGGCUAUGAAAGGAAGGGAAUUAGCAGCUCACUUCCAGACUCAAGGUACUCCAGUAAUGAUAGGAGGUGGAGUUCUUGCCCACACUAUUUUAGGAGUGGAUUUCAGCGAGAAUUCCGGAGAUCUCAAGUUUCUCAUUUUAGAUCCUCAUUAUACAGGUGGUGAGGAUAUCAAGACUAUACAAGACAAGGGAUGGUGCGGUUGGAAAGGCAUUGAUUUCUGGGACAAGACAGCGUAUUACAACCUAUGCUUACCACAAAGACCAAUUGAACUAUGAGAAUAUCUAAUCUUAGUUAUAUAGUGAUGAUACAGCAUUCUACAACCUAGGCUUACCACAAUGAUCUAUUAAACUAUGAUGUCAUCUUGUACAAGUGAUAAUACAGCAUAGUACAACCUAGGCUUACCACAAUGAUCUAUUAAACUAUGAUGUCAUCUUGUACAAAUGAUAAUACAGCAUAGUACAACCUAGGCUUACCACAAUGAUCUAUUAAACUAUGAUGUCAUCUUGUACAAGUGAUGAUACAGCAUAGUACAACCUAGGCUUACCACAAUGAUCUAUUAAACUAUGAUGUCAUCUUGUACAAAUGAUAAUACAGCGUAGUACAACCUAGGCUUACCACAUUGAUCUAUUAAACUAUGAUGUCAUCUUGUACAAUUGAUGAUACAGCAUAGUACAACCUAGGCUUACCACAAUGAUCUAUUAAACGAUGAUGUCAUCUUGUACAAGUGAUGAUACAGCAUAGUACAACCAAGGCUUACCACAAUGAUCUAUUAAACUAUGAUGUCAUCUUGUACAAAUGAUAAUACAGCAUAGUACAACCUAGGCUUACCACAAUGAUCUAUUAAACUAUGAUGUGAUCUUAUACAAGUGAUGAUACAGCAUAGUACAACCAAGGCUUACCACAAUGAUCUAUUAAACUAUGAUGUCAUCUUAUACAAGUGAUAAUACAGCAUAGUACAACCUAGGCUUACCACAAUGAUCUAUUAAACUAUGAUGUCAUCUUAUACAAGUGAUAAUACAGCAUAGUACAACCUAGGCUUACCACAAUGAUCUAUUAAACUAUGAUGUGAUCUUAUACAAGUGAUGAUACAGCAUAGUACAACCAAGGCUUACCACAAUGAUCUAUUAAACUAUGAUGUCAUCUUAUACAAGUGAUAAUACAGCGUAGUACAACCUAGGCUUACCACAAUGAUCUAUUAAACUAUGAUGUCAUCUUAUACAAGUGAUAAUACAGCAUAGUACAACCUAGGCUUACCACAAUGAUCUAUUAAACUAUGAUGUGAUCUUAUACAAAUGAUAAUACAGCAUAGUACAACCAAGGCUUACCACAAUGAUCUAUUAAACUAUGAUGUCAUCUUAUACAAGUGAUAAUACAGCAUAGUACAACCUAGGCUUACCACAAUGAUCUAUUAAACUAUGAUGUGAUCUUAUACAAGUGAUGAUACAGCAUAGUACAACCAAGGCUUACCACAAUGAUCUAUUAAACUAUGAUGUCAUCUUAUACAAGUGAUAAUACAGCGUAGUACAACCUAGGCUUACCACAAUGAUCUAUUAAACUAUGAUGUCAUCUUGUACAAGUGAUGAUACAGCAUAGUACAACCUAGGCUUACCACAAUGAUCUAUUAAACUAUGAUGUGAUCUUAUACAAAUGAUAAUACAGCAUAGUACAACCUAGGCUUACCACAAUGAUCUAUUAAACUAUGAUGUCAUCUUGUAAAAGUGAUGAUACAGCAUAGUACAACCUAGGCUUACCACAAUGAUCUAUUAAACUAUGAUGUGAUCUUAUACAAAUGAUAAUACAGCAUAGUACAACCUAGGCUUACCACAAUGAUCUAUUAAACUAUGAUGUCAUCUUGUACAAGUGAUGAUACAGCAUAGUACAACCUAGGCUUACCACAAUGAUCUAUUAAACUAUGAUGUCAUCUUAUACAAGUGAUGAUACAGCGUAGUACAACCUAGGCUUACCACAAUGAUCUAUUAAACUAUGAUGUCAUCUUGUACAAGUGAUGAUACAGCAUAGUACAACCUAGGCUUACCACAAUGAUCUAUUAAACUAUGAUGUCAUCUUGAACAAAUGAUAAUACAGCAUAGUACAACCUAGGCUUACCACAAUGAUCUAUUAAACUAUGAUGUCAUCUUGUACAAAUAAUAAUACAGCAUAGUACAACCUAGGCUUACCACAAUGAUCUAUUAAACUAUGAUGUCAUCUUGUACAAGUGAUAAUACAGCAUAGUACAACCUAGGCUUACCACAAUGAUCUAUUAAACUAUGAUGUCAUCUUGUACAAAUGAUAAUACAGCAUAGUACAACCUAGGCUUACCACAAUGAUCUAUUAAACUAUGAUGUCAUCUUGUACAAAUGAUAAUACAGCAUAGUACAACCUAGGCUUACCACAAUGAUCUAUUAAACUAUGAUGUCAUCUUGUACAAAUGAUAAUACAGCAUAGUACAACCUAGGCUUACCACAAUGAUCUAUUAAACUAUGAUGUCAUCUUGUACAAGUGAUAAUACAGCAUAGUACAACCUAGGCUUACCACAAUGAUCUAUUAAACUAUGAUGUCAUCUUGUACAAAUGAUAAUACAGCAUAGUACAACCUAGGCUUACCACAAUGAUCUAUUAAACUAUGAUGUCAUCUUGUACAAAUGAUAAUACAGCAUAGUACAACCUAGGCUUACCACAAUGAUCUAUUAAACUAUGAUGUCAUCUUGUACAAAUGAUAAUACAGCAUAGUACAACCUAGGCUUACCACAAUGAUCUAUUAAACUAUGAUGUCAUCUUGUACAAAUGAUAAUACAGCAUAGUACAACCUAGGCUUACCACAAUGAUCUAUUAAACUAUGAUGUCAUCUUGUACAAGUGAUAAUACAGCGUAGUACAACCUAGGCUUACCACAAUGAUCUAUUAAACUAUGAUGUCAUCUUGUACAAGUGAUGAUACAGUGUAGUACAACCUAGGCUUACCACAAUGAUCUAUUAAACUAUGAUGUGAUCUUAUACAAGUGAUAAUACGGCGUAGUACAACCUAGGCUUACCACAAUGAUCUAUUAAACUAUGAUGUCAUCUUGUACAAGUGAUGAUACAGCAUAGUACAACCUAGGCUUACCACAAUGAUGUAUUAAACUAUGAUGUGAUCUUAUACAAAUGAUAAUACAGCGUAGUACAAUCUAGGCUUACCACAAUGAUGUAUUAAACUAUGAUGUCAUCUUGUACAAGUGAUAAUACAGCAUAGUACAACCUAGGCUUACCACAAUGAUCUAUUAAACUAUGAUGUCAUCUUAUACAAGUGAUGAUACAGCAUUCUAUGACCUAGGCUUACCACAAUGAUCUAUUAAACUAUGAUGUCAUUUUAUACAAGUGAUGAUACAACAUUCUACGACCUAGGCUUACCACAAUUACCCAUUGAAUCAAACCAUCUAUACAAACUGAACUAUAAUAUGCUUAGCUGUUGAACUAGGAUAUCCUCUCCCAUUGACGAACUAGCCUAGUUUCUUUUCUUACACCCUCCUAAGAAUCCCAGCCAUGGAUCAGUUUCUUUGGCAAGAAACUCAUCCACACUGUGCUGCACUCAACCCAGGUGAGGUAAAUGAGAACCUGGCACAAAUUUAUUUCUUGAAAGUAAUGCUUCCGCACUGUAAAAGGCUGCGGUGCGAAAGCCAGGCUAAUAAUAUCCUGGUCUUUUGGAAGUGCAUAGGAAGUUUAUAUCAUAAUGUAAUCUGUGCUAUACAAGAACUGUGUUAUAUCUAUUAUUAACUUAUGCAAGCUACAAGACAGCUAACUACAAUUUUUGUUUACUGUAAUAUUGAAUUCCCACUUGGUGCAAAAUUAUAUUGUGGUAUCUGGGAAAUAGACUGAAUUACAGAUCAACCAAGUGAUCAAUUAUUGGUUAAUUCAAACAAACAGUAGUAGACCAAGUGGACUUACAUGUAGCUUUGAUGGUGUCUGAUGGUCUAAGCAUCAGACCAUCUACUUAUCAAAUACAACCCACUAUAAAUGUCUAUUAAACUAUGAUAUCGUCUUAUAGUACCAAUGAUGAUACAGUUAACUACAACCUUUGCUUACACUGAAAUGGCCUAUUACAUUUGUAGGGUGGUGGGGGUUGGGGCAUCGAAGACUUCUUCGAUAUUUGAUCAUAGAAUCUUGUCUCAAUCAUACAGCUUGGAAAAAUAUACAUGUUCACCUGUGAUAAUUUGAUUCUAUUCCAAUAUUAUGCAAAUUAAGUGGAAAUAGUUAUGAUUUAAACAAGGAAUGUCUAAAUAGGAGUCAAACAUGAUUCGUGCUUUGCAUGACAUGUUUACAUUCUAUUUUUGUUGCUUGGCUAAUGAAUGUACAAGUAAGGUCUACACUUUGUGAAUUAAUGCUGAUAUUUAAAACCCUCAUGAUUAAUGGUAAAGAAAGGUUAUUGCUCAGAGCUCUCUACUCAUUUGAAACCUUGAUUAUUGUCCUAGUGAUAUAUCUUAUGAAUCAUUGAAUUUGAAGUUUUACAUUGAUACAAUAAUUUUAAAAAAUGUGAGUAUUGUCAUGAUGUAGUACUUUGUAUUUGUAUUCCUAAUGAUUAUCUGAAGAUAAUUGUUUUCUCUGAUGAAUAUUAUUAUUACUUAUACUGCGUUUUUUCCAUUAGGCUCUAAGCACUUUAAAUGAAUUUAAUGGAAUAUAGUCUUACAACUACAUCAUAUCUUAAAUUUUAUAGUUGAGUGGCAUGAAGGCACCACCCCUUUUAUUUAUUUUUUAUUAAAACAAAAUGUUCUGAAUUCCAAGCCUACCAGGGUAUGAAUUAAAUUGUGACAUUUAUGUGCAAGACUUGUUCCAAGAUUUGCUUGUUGAUAUAAAAAGAUUCAAUCAGGGUCUGUACCUGUAGACUAAUAGUUUAGUGUGGUGAGGGAGUGUGACUAAAAAUUUGUUUGAGAGAAAAUUCUGUUCCAACAAGUGCAACUAUGUACAUGAGUGGAAAGAAAAUUACCAUCACAAGUAGUGUGCAAUACCAUUUGGAUCGGCUGAAUCAUUCCCAUACAACAAAGAUAUAUAUAUUCUUCUUAGGCCUAUUUCUUAUAUUUCUCUUUGUUUUAUCUACAUGUAUACUAUGUCACUUCUGUUGGGUCGUUUCUUGUAAAUCAUUUAGAUGAUAUUGAUGAAAAAUGUGUUUACUCUCGCAUUUUAACAGAUUGAUGAUUCAGUUUAGUUAUAUGUAUGUGCUAUAUAUAGUACAACAUCACCACAUCAUCAAAUGAUAGAUUCAUGCUGAUAGGACAUGCAAUAGUAGAUGAUGUAUUGAUUCCAUGUCCUAAUUUGCAAUUAUGGAUGGUUUAACGUUCAGAUCAACUCUUUGUGAAACAGCCCCCCAUGCCUCGUAACAUGGAAGUUAGUGAUUGAUUGUAGGGUUGAUUUUGUAAUUGAUUAUACAGGUCAUCAUGUGCUGUCCAUCAUAUAAAUAAACUUUAAGAUACAUUGAUGAA